UAAAUCAACAGUCAACAGUUCGCUAAUCUCAAAGUUCAUCUUUCGUCUCCUCUGUUUUCGCUUCUCAAUAAACAAACAAAAAAACUCAUUCUCAAGAGAGAAAAAAAAAGAAAGUAGAAAAAAAUCUUGUUCCGCACUCUUUGCUUGUCUUGUAUCCAAUGUACGUUAGCUCGAGAACUGAUCAGAGAUAACAAUGGCAAAGUGUCACCGGAACAACAUCGGAUCUCUCAUUCACGACCCUCCUCCCACCACUUCCUCCGGCUACCACUUCCGCCUCUGGAGCACCUUCUCAAGAUCCGCAUUCAGAAGAAAGAUCCUAAACGCCGUUAGCUGCGGCGGGAGCUCGCGUUACCGUCACGAGCUCCGAGAAGAGGAGAAAGAAGAAAGAAGCUACGUCACGGUGACGACGGAGAAGAAGUCAACGGUCAAAGCCAAUACGAUCGCCGCGGCGUUGAAUGGCGCAGCGUUCGAGGAGAAAGCGAAGAAGUCGGAGAAGCUCUGCGAUCUGCUGAAUCUUGCGGAGGUGGAAGCUGACGUGGAGACGAAGUGGAAGGAAGAAGCGCUCGACGCGUUGAAGCGCGUGGUCAGAGAGCUGCAGGCUGUGGCAGCGCGUGGAGUUGACGACGGCGGAGAAUGUCGGAAGAAAGUAGCGGCGGCGAGCGAGGUGCGGUUGCUGGCGAAGGAGGAUCCGGAGGCGAGGGUGACGCUGGCGAUGCUCGGCGCGAUCCCGCCGCUGGUUAGCAUGAUCGACGACGAGUCGCGAACCGCAGACGCUCAGAUCGCUUCGCUGUACGCUCUGCUCAAUCUAGGCAUCGGUAACGACGCGAACAAAGCAGCUAUUGUAAAAGCAGGUGCAGUUCACAAAAUGCUGAAGCUAAUCGAGUCUCCAAACACACCUGACCAAUCUAUCGCAGAAGCUGUGGUAGCUAACUUCCUAGGAUUAAGUGCUCUAGACUCAAACAAACCAAUAAUUGGUUCUUCAGGAGCAAUCAUCUUCCUAGUGAAAACUCUUCAGAACUUGGACGAAACAAGCAGCUCACAAGCUAGAGAAGACGCGUUAAGAGCUCUCUACAACCUCUCAAUCUACCAGCCAAACGUUUCAUUCAUCCUCGAAACCGAUCUAGUCACGUUUCUCUUGAACACACUGGGAGAUAUGGAAGUGAGCGAGAGGAUCCUCGCUAUCUUAAGCAAUAUAGUGGCAGUUCCAGAAGGAAGGAAAGCGAUCAGUUCAGUAUGCGACGCGUUUCCGGUUCUGGUCGAUGUGCUGAACUGGACCGACUCUCCCGGGUGCCAAGAGAAGGCCACUUACAUACUAAUGUUGAUGGCUCACAAAGGAUAUGGAGAUAGACAAGCAAUGAUUGAGGCGGGAAUCGAAUCCUCGUUGCUAGAGUUGACCCUUUUGGGAAGUGCAUUGUCUCAGAAGAGGGCAUCGAGGAUAUUAGAGUGUCUUAGAGUAGACAAAGGGAAGCAAGUCUUGGAUAGUACCGGAUCAUGCGGAGCCUUAUCCGCACCGAUCUAUGGGACUAGAGGUAACGGUUUGGACCAUGAGGAAAGCGACUUGAUGAUGAGCGAAGAGAGGAAAGCAGUGAAGCAGUUAGUGCAACAGAGUUUACAAAGCAACAUGAAGAGAAUAGCAAAGAGAGCUAAUUUGCCACAAGAGUUUGUUCCUUCAGAGCAUUUUAAAUCACUCUCUAUAAGCUCCACUUCAAAGAGCCUUCCCUUUUGAGAAUUGGCAUCUAUUGUAAAUUCAUGGAAAGUUGGAGGGGAUUGACGUAGUCACUCACAUGCACUUCACCAGUUUAUCAGACAUCAUCGAGACCCCACCCACAUAUCUUGAGUCUUGAAAAAUUACCAAAGUGCCAACCUAGAGUGUCGGUCAUUUUCUUUUUCUAAAGUAUGGCUCGGUCCACUCUUGCCUAUGCUUUUUUUUUUUUUUUCCAUCUAGUAUUUUUAUUAAUGGGUCGAAGCCCAAAAAACUACUUCAAACAAAAACACAAACCCCACUACAAGGACAAAGUAAAACCCGACAUAAAGGGUCCACGAUAAACGGGCCUAAAGCCCAAACUCUACCAACCGAACGGCGCCUCCGAGCCACACAUCCAAAAAACUCGCAUGCUCGCCCACGUGUUAACAUCUACCCAACCAACCGAAACACGUGUUUGAACCUCAAACAACGAGGAAAAAACACGCGUCACGAGAACUUCCACGUCUCUCUACCAAAGAAGAACGCCGGAGCAAAUACCGACGAUUCACAGGAACCCACCGGAACAGGAACCACCGCAAUCCCUUCAUCUUCUGAUUCUCCUUGCGACGGAGAGCAUCAUCGAACCUAUUCGAGAUCUCAUCCGCAGAGACAGCAACCACCAAACAACUCAUACAUCUUCGUUACCAAAUCUCCAACCCUUGGAGAACCUCAAUCGAUCUU